UCGCCUUGUUACAAACUAAAAUUUAAAAAGCAAAAUGUUUUAAAACGUAGAUUUAUAUUUUGAGGAUAGUUAUAAUGUUGAACCGCGAGCUAACCUUCUUUGUCAGCGGCGUUUUAUUAGAGAUUACUCUAAUCCUAUGGAGCUGCCGUCCACAGUAUUUAUUUAUGUAUGUAUGUAUGUGCUGGACAAAAUCAAAGACAAAUUUAAUAACCGCCUGUCCUCAUCUGUAACGCCAAUGCUAAAAUUGUGUUGCGCACUGAGAUUUUUUGCGCAUGGCAGUUAUCGGCAAGCUGUAGGAAAUGAAUUUCAAUUGGGUCUUGCGCAACCUACAGUUUCGCUCAUUUUAAAGGAGGUACUGCCCAUUUUAGAAAGAGAAAUUUGUAGUGCUUCGAUAAUCACUGAAAUGACAGUAGAAGAGAAGCAACAGGCAAGGAGCAAAUUUUUCUCCGGAUCAGGAAUACCCAACGUGAUUGGCUGUGUUGACGGAAAACAUAUUGCGAUUUAUGCCCCCACCCCAAAUAGACACCUCCAUCUAAAUAGAAAAGGCUUUUUUAGUAUAAAUGCUAUGAUUAUGAUUCCGGAUACCCGCUUAGUCCUUAUUUACUAACACCCUUCCGCCAUGCAGACUCUAGAACUAGGGAGUCAAUUUUUAAUAAGAAGCACGCGAAAGCUAGGAACGUCGUUGAACGUACGAUUGGAGUUUUGAAAUGUCUCUUCAGAUGCCUCCUGAGUGAUCGAAAAAUGCGCUACGAUCCUGCUACAGUAAUUUCGAUUAUAAACAUAUGCUGCGCUUUCCACAACAUUUGUAAGAAAUUUAGAAUUAGUGAUCCAGAUAAAGCUGAAGUUUUUAUUGACGCCAUUGUAUCUUCGGAACCAUUUAAUGAAGAUGCCAAUGAUACACCAGGGGAUCGUCGCCGAAGACAAAUAGCUGAUGCUUUGUUGUAAAAUGAAUUGUAGUCCGUUUUAUUGAAUAAAUUCAAAAUAAUUUACUUUGUGUUCUUUUUAUUUAAUUUCAUGCUUUUGAAUUCCUUGCUACAUACAAGUUAAAUUAAACAAAAUUAUUUCUAUGCUCUUAACUAAUUAAAAAUCACAAGUUAAAUUCAGUCAUUUCAUAAAAUAUACUCAGAAUUAAUAAAAAAUCACAAAUUAAAUUCAGUCAUUUCAUAAAAUAUACUUAGAAUUAAUAAAAAAUCGUAAAUUAAAUUCAGUACUUCAAGAUUGUUAAACUUAAAAUUAGUUCAUCACAUGUUUUGGAAACUAAAAUAAAAAAUAAAAAAUUCAGUUACUUACAGAAAAUAUUGAAAUUAAACUAAAUGAUUAGGAACUAACUAAACAUUAACCCUCUAGUAGGGCAAUUUUUGUUGAAAUUGAAAAAUUUAGGAA